AUGUCUAAUCCAGAAUUUCUCAUACCCUCAGCAGACUUCACUUUUAGUGCUGAACGCGAUUUAUCAGAUGUAGACGAAAUAGCCUUUCCACAAUCGGCAAGAUUUUACGGGAGAGACAACGGAUCCUUUGAUUCUGAGUCAUAUCUAACAUCUUCCACAGGUGACGCGGUAGUGGAACAGAAUGGGUCAAUUUACAAUUCUCAAAAGGUUUAUCUCAAUCCUCUUUAUAUGCAUGAUGGUGAUAUAAAUUGGUCCAAUACAAAUAAAACGUUGGGAGCAAAAUUUUCUCCAAAUUCUAUAAACGGUUUGGUGUGCUAUGUUUUUGGAAAGGAACCAAAAGAAAAGGGUGAAGAAGCUGAAGAGAUUCUUCAUCAAGAUCAACAAGUUUAUACAUGUCCUCUAAGUGGAACGAUUGAUGACCGGAGGUCGUUUUACAAUGAUUCAUAUUUAAAAUUUAUGGAAGCAGCAAGAGUUGACCGAAAAGACAUAAUACGCACGAUUAAACUAUGUAACAUCUAUUUGGAUUAUUCAAGACUAAUUAAAAAUCGCAUCAAAAAACUUAGUGGGAUGAAAUUUAAAGACGAAAAAGCUCAUUCUGAGUUGUCGACAUUUCAAGAUAUCUUUGCAGUAUGGGAGCUAUGCCGAAUAAUUUAUAUUCCGUCAAAACAAGAAUACAAUCAAUUCGGGCAACUUUCAAUCGAACUUAGAAAAUGGAUAAAUCUUUGUUUUCCUUUACAUCGAUUAUCUGAAGCAAAAAUGUUCCUAAGGAGCAUUGACAAGAAUGAUGGAUCAGAGUUUAGCGAUUAUAUUAAGCUUGUGUUAGAUAUACUAGAUUCCAGACCACGUGUCGCAGAGCUUGAAUAUCAUGAGUUCAACCUUCGUAGACAUGAAUGGCUCAGUAAGAUCAGUGACCUUCAGACGAAACUUCGUGGUGAAAGUUUUUUAGAAGGAAGAAUCUAUGAUAUUUUAAUGAUAUUACGUGGGCAUACAAAAACUAUUAUUGAAAAGAGUUCGUCAUGGCAGGAAGCCCUUGGGGGCCUUGUGUAUCACGGUCGUCCGACAUGUGAUGCACAGGAAUUGAAAAAUAUCCUGAAUGUAAUAUUGAAGAGUAUAGACACAGGCAGUACCCCAGUGGAUGAUGCAUUAAUUGAAUUUAUUUUUCGGCGAGUCGAGAAAGGGAUUCAACAUUGCGAACGCAUCGAUUUGUGGUUAUCAGCACAUUUAUCUGAUAUUUUAAAUAAGUUGGAUUUGGUUGGGCGAAUUCAUUCACAAAGUUCUCAUCAAAGACAAACUAAUAUUACAACACAGCCUGAUGUAGACAUUAGAGAACAUUAUUUGCUUAGUUAUGCCGAAUCUAUGGUGUUUCAUACCACGCUCUGGCAGUUAGCGUUUAAAUAUUUUGAACAUUGUGAAAUAUGUGGAUAUUCAUAUAUGUCUCAGCUUGUUGUUAGGAUACCAUUUGAAGACGAAUUUAAAGCCAAUAAAUUAUUGAGUAUAUGCAAAGAAAAUGGAUUAACGUUUCAAGAGAAAACUAUUUCAAGGAUUAUGGGUAAAAAAUAUUGGCAAAACGAACGAUACGCGUCGGCGAUAGUAUACUUUAUAAGUGCUGGAGAUACAGCAUCACUGGAAGUAAUUUAUCGUAGAUUUUUGGAUAAUUAUAUCGACACUGGUGAAUUAACAUUUUUGAAUACUAUUGAGAGUAUACAACUCGAUGACGAUUCUCCUGUUUCAAUUAAGUUUUUAGCGAGAUAUCGACUCUUUCACGCAUUGAAGCAGAAUGGUGAAAUACAAAGAGCUGGCGCAAUAUUGAUGGAAUUACUAAGAGCACAGGUUGCUCCAAUAAGUUUUUGGCCUGUUUUAUUGCUUAACGCGCUACCGUUAUUACAAGAAGGAAAAGCACGAAAAAUGAUAAUCUUUAGUACACAAGAUACACUAGAAAUAUUAAGAAACUUGCAAGAUGUUACGUCAUUCGUAUACCAAGAAGAUUUUUCAGCGUGUAUUGAACGAUUAAAGAAAUGGCAUACUAUAGAGAAUGGAUAUCCAGAAUUAGAUAAUAAUUUAACAUCUUUAAGGCUAGCACUUUUACAAAAUUCAGCAGAUUGUUACAUUGAGAAUCCAUCUUCACCAUGGAUGUUUGAAUAA